CCCAGCCCGCGUCCCCUCGGCCUCAGUGGUCGCGACCCCGCUCAGCCGGGCAGGCCGCAGGGCCACGGUGGCUCGCCGUUGGGUUGCAGGAGAGGUCUGGGGAGAUUCCGUCUCUUCCUUUCAGCUUCUCAGGGCGCCCGCCAGGGCGGGGGUGACGAUUCGUGGGGCACUGCGCAGCCGUGACGCGCCAGUCAGGCUCGAAUGAGUUGAGGGCGACCCAAGCCCUUCUUUGAACUCUCGGGUUUGCUCGGAACCACUUAACAGCGUUUUGUCACUUUUUUAACUGCAACCGCACGGGAGUCAAGUGCAGAAGGGAGAGGAAAUGGAAGAGUAGGGUAUUUAAUGAAAAAUCCAUGCUAAGGAGUGAAAAUGGCAGGCUUCCUAGACAAUUUCCGCUGGCCAGAAUGUGAAUGUAUUGACUGGAGUGAGAGAAGAAACGCUGUGGCUUCUGUGGUGGCAGGUGUGUUGUUUUUUACAGGCUGGUGGAUAAUGAUUGAUGCGGCUGUGGUGUAUCCCAAACCAGAGCAGUUGAACCAUGCCUUUCAUACAUGUGGUGUAUUUUCCACAUUAGCUUUCUUUAUGAUCAAUGCUGUAUCCAAUGCUCAGGUGAGAGGUGACAGCUAUGAAAGCGGCUGUUUAGGAAGAACAGGUGCUCGAGUUUGGCUCUUCAUUGGUUUCAUGUUGAUGUUUGGGUCACUGAUUGCUUCAAUGUGGAUUCUUUUUGGUGCCUAUGUUACCCAAAAUACUGACGUUUAUCCAGGACUAGCUGUGUUUUUUCAAAAUGCACUUAUAUUUUUUAGUACUUUGAUCUACAAAUUUGGAAGAACUGAAGAGCUAUGGACCUGAGAUUGCUUCUUAAAUCACAUUUUCCUUUUGUUACAUUCUAUUUGUAGAUAAGUUUUUAUCUCUCAAUAUAAUUUACACAUUGCCAAAUGUAAUAGAUUGUACAUUAAAUGUUUUUUCUUUACAUUUUUAUGCUGAGUUUUGAAAUAGUUUUAUGAAAUUUCUGUUCUUUUUUUCUCAUUGAAUAGACUGUUAAUAUGUAUAUAAGCCUCCAUAGACUGGGUGAUGAGUUACCAGUUUUUUAUUUCUGAGACUUAAAGCUUGAUCUGUUCCCUGAGCCAGGGUUGUAUCAUCAUGUCAUUGUAGGGGUAACUACUCUGUUUCAGUAUCUCUCAUUUCUGAAGAUGUGCAAAAAAUAUAGCUCCAUAUAUCUAGAAUAAGCACUGAGCCAUUAAAAAGGGUAUUUCAAGUCAGGCCCAGUGGCACGUGCCUGUAACCUCAGUUGACUGGGAAGCUGAGGCAGGAGGAUUGUGAGUUUAAGGCCAGCCUGGGCAAUAUCAGAAGACUCUUGUCUCUAAAGAAAAAAAAAGAAAAGGAAAAAAAAAAGUUAUUUCAGCAAGUUGUAAUUUAUUUUGGCUUAAAAUGAGAUUUUUAAAAAGGAAAUAUGUUUGUUCUUAUGUAUUAAAGAAGUGAACUUUUAUAUGAAGUUUUUUUAAAUGCCUGAAGGACUAGUUUGAAAGCCUCUUUUAAAAAGAAUUCCUCUAAAAUGUCUUUAUUUGAGAAAGGGUAAUACAUGAUCAUAUAAACUCAGUUUUUUAUAGUUAGUGUAAAAUGACUAUAGGUUAGCGUGGCAACAUGCUUCCCAUGAAAGCAGCUUCAGUUACCUGCUGGGAUUGUCCUGGGACAGACCACCACUGUCUGCCAUCAUGCUAUUUAGUAGUGAGCAAUUCUGAGGCAGCAGCAGUUAAAAAGCAUGAGCCAUAUAACAGAAUAUGGAAUAAUUAGUUUAAAGAUAAAGCACUUCUCUUCAAAGGGAAUUAUUAUGACCUAAUGAGACAUUAGGAGUUUCACCCGCUUAGUUACCAAUUGCAAGUUUCUUUUCACUCCAGCUCUGACGCUUUGGGUGAAUGUUUCCUGCAAAGUGUAUCUUGAACUUGAAAGUUCAUACUCCAACCUAAAACUUGUUUUACUGAAUUCAAAAUAUUGUAUUUGCACUGUGUGUAUUCCCAUGGGCCUUUAUUGCUGUUAGUGGUCCUUUGUUAUAUGAAUUUUGCUUUGCACUUUUUUCCCAGAGGGGUUUUGUAGAACAUUUUAUUGUUAAGACAGAAUAAUUUCAGCGGUAGUUUAUGCAGCCUCUAAUGUAAGCCUUAUUUGCGUAUUAACUUAUCCCCUCUCCGAGAGGGUUUGUGUGCACAGAGUAUGAAGCAGUUGUGGAAAGCUGUGCCUUCGUCUGGAGCCCACCUUGUUUAAUUCCUUUGUUUUUAUUGUCCCUCCCCCCCAGAUUGUUAGUAAGCUUUGUCUUGCCUCCAACAAAUUGUAAGAAUAAGAUUAAUUUACUUGUUUCUGCUCUCAUAACAUGUUGCAAUAAAUAUUAUUUCUCACA